GUUUAACGUGAGGCGUUCAAUUAUUUUUAUUGGCCAGUUAAAAAAUUUAUUUGAUAAUAAUAAACAAAAUGAUAAAAUAUAAUAAUUAAUAGCAAUUUAUAUAAAAAUUGCUGCGUAUAAAUAGUUGACUUUUAAAACAAUGUCAUUGAGAAAUAAUAUAUAUAUAAAUGGAUUUUAAUUAUUUUUAAAUUUUUUAUCAGUCUAAAAAUCUAUUCCACGUCUAUUUUAACACGUCACAAUAGUUGCAAUUUUUUAAAAAAUUAAAUAGCAAUGACAAGUUAAUAUUUGUGAUAAUGCUAAUUGUUAAUUAAUGUUUUUUUUUAUUGCAUUUUAUAUACUCAAGUAUGUAACAGAUAAGACACCCAGUGCCAAAUAUUAAUAAUGAUUAUUUGUCAAUAAUAAAAUUGUUAUGGCAUUUUGGAACGGAAGACCUAAUUGGUUAGGCAAAUUAGGCCUUAUAUUAUUAGCAAUAUGGCUAAUAAUAUUAAUAAUAUCUGUAUCACAUGUAUUACGGAAUAAUUCAUCACGAGAAAAUGAUGAUAUCGUUUCAAAGGAUAAAGAAAAUUUUGACAAAUUAUCCUCAAUGGUUGAGGAAUUUGAAAUUUUAAAAAAACAAAAUGAAGCAUUUGCCAAUAUUAUUAUGAGUAAUAAUUUUAAAAGUGAUAAUAUUAAUGAUAACUUAAAAAAUAUAAAUAAUGUAAAUAUAAAUAGUGAUAGUAGUCCUUUUUUGGAGUACGAAGAACUGAGACGUAGAAUUAAAAAUGAUGUACAAGAAAUGUGGUAUUAUGCUGAUGCUGAGUUUAAAAAAGUUAAAAAAUAUACCCAAGAUUUUCCGCUUGAUAAACGCGAAAAAGAUAUUGAUGACGCGAUUAAAAAUAUAUGGGAGCAUAAAAAAGCUCUGAUUAAUGAACUGGAAAAUUUAAAACAAGUUGACGGUCAUCAACAGUGGAGAGAAAAAGAAUCACGAGAUUUGUCGAAUUUAGUACAAAAACGUUUUUGGCAUUUACAGAAUCCGAGUGACUGUAAUAGCGCUAAAAAAUUAACAUGUAAUUUAAAUAAAGGAUGCGGAUUUGGUUGUCAGAUUCAUCACUUGACCUACUGUUUCCUGGUAGCCUACGGUACGGAACGAACAUUAAUCCUAAAAUCAAAAGGCUGGCGUUAUCAAAAAGACGGUUGGGAAUCAGUAUUCAAACCCUUGAGCGAAACAUGUCUAUCACCAAGCGGAUUGUCGCACGCGAACUGGCCCGGCGAUCCUUCAAAGCAAGUGGUAUCUCUACCGAUCGUCGACAAUGUCUAUCCCAAGCCAAACUACCAGCCUCCGAGUGUGCCCAUGGAUCUAGCCCCGCGGAUCCAGCGUCUCCACGGCCACCCUUUGGUCUGGUGGGUCGGACAAGUAUUAAAAUUCCUAAUGCGUCCUAAAGACAGUAUGCAGAAAAUAAUCGACAACACGAAAGAAAAAAUUGGAUUUGCGAAACCAAUCGUCGGAGUUCACGUCCGCCGUACCGAUAAAGUCGGUACUGAAGCAGCCUAUCACGACAUAGAUGAAUAUAUGGUUAAAGUUGAUCAGUAUUACGAUCAAUUGGAAGUUGAACCUGCAGUGAGACGAGUAUUUAUUGCGAGCGAUGAUCCAAAAGUGAUAACAACAGCACGUAAACGUUACACCCGUUAUGAAGUUAUCGGAGAUCCAGCAAUUGCUGAAACAGCGUCCGUAUCAAAACGUUAUUCCGACACUUCACUUCAUGGUAUUAUCGUCGAUAUUUAUUUAUUGUCCCUAUCGGAUCAUUUGGUGUGUACAUUCAGCUCACAAGUUUGCCGUGUUGCUUAUGAAAUAAUGCAAACAUAUCACGUUGACGCCCAUGAUAAAUUUACGUCCCUGGAUGACGUUUAUUACUACGGUGGGCAAAAUCCAAAUCCGCAUGUUGUUAUUCUUGAACAUAUACCCCGUCGUUCCGAGGAAAUUGAAUUAAAAGUUGGUGAUAAAGUUGAAGUACAUGGUAACCACUGGGACGGUUAUUCUAAAGGUAGAAAUAUACGCACGGGUAUCACAGGAUUAUUUCCGAGUUUUAAAGUUCAAAAUCAUGUUGCUACUGCUGAAUUUCCCAAGUAUUCUGAUGUUUCUCUAUAAAAUGUUUUAGUUGCCCGUGUUAAAAAAAAAAUUGUUCAUAUUGAAUCUAGAUCUGAAUUUUAUGACGAAACUCAGAUCAUGACAAAGAUAGGACUUUCAUAAUGAAUUUACACCAAAUUUUCGUCUAGUAAAUCCGUAUCAAUUCUAAAAUUAAUUUAUUGUCUUUACUGAAUUUUUACUGAAUUAGACUUUUUGUCAAAUUUAUCAAUUCAGAAAUUACUAAUAAAUUUAUUCUAUCAAGUACUUGAUUUACGUAAAUCAGUUUCGAUUUUAAAAUUAAUUUAGUUAAAUAAUUUCGGAUUACUCGGAUGAAAAUUUGAAUGUCAUAAUUUUGUCGUGAUUAGUUAUUGAUACAAAAUUCAUGAUGAAAGUCAUAUUUGUGUCGCAAUCUGAGUUUCCUGAUGAAAUUAAGAUCUAAAUUCAUUUCAAUUUUUUUUACACCGGUGGAUUUUUUUAAUGAUAUAGAAUUUUUUACGGAUUUCAUUUUGCAGUAGUAUUUAGUUAUCUAUAAUAAUUUCUGCUUUUAUAUGAGUGUGUAGGUACUGCAAGAGUUUUUGAACAAUUAAUUUUAUAAUUUAUAGACGUCAAUUUUAGUUAUUAUGAAUAUUUAUGUAUAUUUGUUAUAAUAAUAAUCACAAAUUAAGUCUAUGACUAAACGAGAUUCUCUCUAUUAUCGCGGUUAAAUUUUAUUCAUUUAAAAUUAAGUCGCUAUUAAUUAAUCAAAAAUUCUUUAAAUGAAAUCGAUUAAUUCGCAGUUUAUUAAUUCUUUACCAAACCCGUAAUUUUUUAAGUCGCAAUCGUACGCCGGCUAAUCAACAGAAUUUUGAAUUUUAGUAUUUGUUUAAACUCAUGACUAAGUUAAUUUAGAUAAUUUUUCUCUUAAUUAUUAAUUUAUUUAAUUAGGUAAUUAUGCUUUAUAUAAAAUGCUUUAAUUUUAAACUGCAAUAAUAUUCUUUAAAAAUAUAUAAAUGCGAUAAAAAAUAUUAAGUACAAUUAUUAUUAUUAUAUUUAGAUACAAUUUUUUUUUUUUUGUAUAUUUGAAAUAGAUUGAAUUUUUUUUUUAACUUUAGUCUAUUGAGAUUGAAAUGUCACAAAAACUAAUGGAUUUAAAGUGAUUACAUCGAAAGUGUUACAGCGACUAUUAAAAUAAUUUAUUUAUUGUAAAUUAUUAAAAAAAAAAAAAAACAAAUAUAUUGUUAUUAAGAUUUGAUAAUCAUAAUUAAUAAUAUUAAUUAUUAUGACCGAAGUUUAAUUAAAAGUACGGAAUAAUCCCGGCCAAAUAAUUUGACUGAAUAUAUAAAUAAAUUUCUUUUUUUUUAAUCAAAAUAUAAUUAAGACUUAGAAAAAAUAGAUUCCAAUUUUGUUUAAUUAUUUCAUGUCAACUUUUUUCUGAGUGAUUUAAUUGUAAAAAAGCACUGAUUUGAAAAAUAGAAGUGAUUUUUUAAUAAAAUAUAAAUAAACAGACAAAGCCAAUUCACGAAAUAAAAUUUAGUCUUGAUAUAAAUUAGAUGAAAAAUAAAAUUAUAUGACAAAAGUAUUUUGAUUGAAAUAAAUUUAAA